AUGGACGCGCGAACGGUCCUCGACAUUGCCACGCGUGUCUCAGUUGCAUUGGCACGCGUGAUCUGGUUUCCCAUCAGUAAAGCCAUCAAUUUAGUCAUCAUACUGUUGCUGCCAUUCUACAACGUCAUCACUUUCUUCCUACUGCCAUUCAUCCACCUUGGACAGGCAAUUGUCAGAGUGCUGUCCAUACCAUUCAGCGUCAAGUGGUUGGAGAGAAUAGAGACACUAUACGUCUACCUUGGAACAGCCAGCCUCAUAGGAUGCAUCACCGGCGCCGUCCUCUUCGUUGUCUUUAGGUUUCUGUCGUCAACUCUCAAGAUCGAUAUACCCGUUGUUCCUAGGGAGCCUGAAAAGGGAAGAACAGCCGCGGAGUACAGAGCUGCGCGACGUGUGAAGAAGGAGGAUUCCAUCGACCAUUCACCCAGUGCAACCCCUGUAGUGUUGAAAAAGGUGGCUGGGCCUUGCAGGCGAGGUCUGCUCUCGCAAGCCAUCAUCGAAGAGGAGGAUUCAGACUUUUGA